AAGCAAUAGGAUGGGUCGUUGCGAUGGGAUUGAUACAUGCUGCAAUUUAUGGGAACUUUAGGCCACUUGGCACGCCAUUUGAGGGAGCGGUGGCUGUUACAUACCUUGCCUUCCAGAGACAUAUCUUUGCCCUUGGGGUUGCUUGGAUUUGCUUGACGUGUAUCACUGGAUAUGGAGGAGUGGUAAACGAGCUUAUGUCAUGGCGAGUUUGGAUCCCUCUUUCUAAGUUGACGUACACUGGAUACUUGAUCCAUCCAAUGGUCAUGUACUAUUAUCACUACAACAGGAGACAGCUACAGUAUAUGAGGAUAUUUCCAGAAUUGGUGUUUCUGUUUUGCGCAGUCCUAUGUGUAACGAUAGCUGCAAGUAUCCUGGUUACAUUGACAUUUGAGAUUCCAAUGUUGCACCUUGAGAAAAUUAUGUUUCCACGAAAUAAAAAGAACAAAUAAAGGACUCCAAAAUUAGAAGAGUUUGACAUUUAAAGGGAAACCAAGAGACUGGUAUGACGAGAAAGAGAACACUGGGGGGAACCUGUGGUGGAUCAUAUAACAUUCAAAUCAAAAUGUUAUACCAUUGUUAGCAAUUUGAGCAAUGAAAAAAACAUUUAAGCAAUUGAAUAUGGCCCUUGGGGAAAGAGACUUAUUUUUGAAUGCAAAUGUAUAAAAUUACAGUUUUCACUCUGUGGUUUUGGACAAAGGAGAUGAUUUGAUUGCAGAGCUUUCAGAAACGUUACAAAUGAUAGGAUUAUUGCAUAUAUGAUAAUUAUUUUAAGGAGAUACACUACUUUACACUGCUAUAUAUAGUUUUAUGAUAUCGGUGCAUUGUAUUUAGUCUUUGGUACUGAAUGAUAGCUUUGUAAAUAUUUUCUGCACAGGAU